AAAAGUGCCGAAAAAAUGCCUAGCGUAAUCGGGACAGGCCUAAGCGUGACUUUGAUUUGAAAUCCCAAGCAUGUUUACCCAGAAUGAGUACCCAGAAUGCAAUGAGAAGGUUUCCUAGAUGCAAAGAGUUAUGGGAGAAAAGCAAUAUGGCGGCUGCACGAUGUUGUUUAGUGUUUUUUCAGCAGAAUAUUUUCACAUCUUGAUUUACCUUCCCUGAGGCGCUCGGUGGAGAGCUGAAGUUUGAUAGAGAUGACUUCAAUUAUUAAGUUGUCCGUUUUGUCUGGAGCGUAUGAUGAAGGACCUCUUUGCUAUCUUCUUCAAGUCGACGAGUUCAGAUUCCUUCUUGACUGCGGCUGGAAUGAGUCAUUUAGUGCAGAGAUCGUAGAACCGAUAAAGAAGCACAUACAUCAAAUAGAUGCUGUACUGAUCACAUUUCCUGAUAUAUAUCAUAUGGGUGCACUGCCAUACCUGGUGGGAAAAUGUGGUCUUCACUGUCCUAUUUAUGCCACUAUUCCUGUAUACAAGAUGGGCCAGAUGUUUAUGUAUGACCUGUAUCAGUCUCACCAAAACUAUGAAGAAUUUGAUGUAUUCAGCCUGGAUGAUGUAGAUGCUGCCUUUGAUAAAAUCAUUCAACUUAAAUAUUCUCAAAAUGUCAGUUUAAAAGGUAAAGGCCAUGGUUUGACCAUAACACCUUAUGCUGCUGGUCACAUGAUUGGUGGAACCAUGUGGAAAAUUGUAAAGGAUGGUGAAGAGGACGUUAUCUAUGCUGUAGACUACAAUCACAAGAAAGAAAGACAUCUGAAUGGAGCAGUGCUGGAGACCCUCAGCCGACCAUCUUUGCUUAUUACAGACAGCUACAAUGCACUUAAUGUGCAAGCCAGAAGACGAGAGAGGGACACCAAGCUUAUGAAUGAGAUUUUGACUACAGCAAGGAGAGAUGGUAAUGUACUCAUUGUUGUGGAUACUGCUGGAAGAGUGUUGGAACUAUCUCAACUAUUGGAUCAGUUAUGGCGAAACUCUGAUUCAGGUUUAUCAGCCUACUCUCUUGCAAUGUUGAAUAAUGUCAGCUACAAUGUUGUGGAGUUUGCCAAGUCACAAGUGGAAUGGAUGAGUGAUAAAGUCAUGAAAUCAUUUGAAGUUGGAAGGAUGAACCCUUACCACUUUAGGUACUGCACGUUGUGUCACUAUAUGUCAGACUUGGACAAAAUCCCUGAACCAAGGGUUGUUUUAGCAUCCGUAGCAGAUUUGACGUGUGGGUUCUCACGAGAACUCUUCGUCAAAUGGGCUGAGAACCCGAAAAAUACAGUCGUGUUUACUAGUCGAGCUUCGCCUGGCGCACUGGCUCGUACUUUGAUUGACAACUUACAGCAGAAGAUCAUCGAUAUAGAGGUGAAAUCAAGAGUUAAACUGGAAGGAGAAGAGUUAGAGAGAUAUAUGGAAAAAGAAAAGGAGAAAGAGAAGAACAAACCCACAUCUGAUGCGGUGGAUAGAAGUCAUCGUGUUACAGCAGAAGAGAGUGACAGCGACAGCGAUGAAGACUUGGAUGGAGGUGUGAGGCAUGAUCUCAUGAUGACUGACGAAAAAGGGGGCCGCAAGAGCAGCUUCUUCAAACAAGCAAGAUCUUAUCCUAUGUUCCCCUGUCACGAAGAGAAAAUCAAAUGGGAUGAUUAUGGAGAGUUUAUCAAGCCUGAGGAUUUUAUGAUCAAAGAACUGGCAGCAGCAGAAGAAGAAAAGGCCAAAGUGGAGCAGAGCAAAAAGGAGACUUUAGACACGGAAGCUAUUGCUGGGCAGGGUGAAAUGUCAAAAGUGCCAACAAAGUGUGUUGUGGAAAAAAGGCAGUUAAACAUUAGAUGUUCCAUGGUAUAUAUCGACUUCGAGGGCAGGUCAGAUGGAGAGUCCAUCAAGAGAAUUCUUUCCCUUGUGAAUCCAAGGAAUCUUAUUCUCGUGCACGGUGUUGCAGAAGCUACAGAACACUUGGCGGAAUACUGUCGGCAGAACAGCAGCAUUCAAGUGAACCAGGUUUUUACUCCGCGAUGUGGUGACACUGUGGACUCCACGGGAGAAAGAUAUAUUUACCAAGUGAAAUUGCGUGACGCCCUGGUGAGUUCGUUACAGUUUUCCUGCGCGCGUGAUGCAGAACUUGCCUGGGUGGAUGGACAGCUACAUAUGAACGCGUCCGAGUCGCACAUGGGGCUGGUUUUGGAAGACGGAGAGUUGCGUGACGAGGACGAAGGUCACGAAAAAAUGGAAACUGAUCAGAGUGGAAAGGAGGAGCCAGCAGAUACAGUCCCAGUGUUGGAGCAACUACCGACAUCUUCGAUCACGGGACACACGUCUGUGUACAUAAACGAGCCUCGCUUGUCAGAUUUCAAGCAAGUGUUGAACAAAGCCGGUAUUCAAGCAGAAUUUGCUGGCGGCGUUCUUAUUUGCAACAAUGUUGUAGCUGUAAGAAGGAACGAGACUGGCCGCGUGGGCCUCGAAGGAGCUGUGUGUGACGACUACUACAAGAUCCGGGAGCUUUUAUAUGAACAGUACGCUGUGGUGUGAACGGUUUUAGUGUUGCAUGGUCUGGUGAGAAAAACAAACAAACAAACAAACAAACAAAUCAAUCCUCCCAAUGGUCUUGAAUGGUUUGCAGGAGUGUACAGGAGACAGCCUGUGAUAAUGUUCUCACGAUUGGUGAAAAGUACUGUUUUACAAAUUUAUCUGUGCAAAACAUUUCGAGGCUGGUUACGUUUCGUCUCGGCUAAGAGAUUGAUCAGAUACUUGUCGUAAAUUUCCGGUGAACUCGUCGAGCAUCGCUCAAAGUCAAGAUGUUAGCUGUCUGGCCCUCUAUCGCAGAGGGAUUCCCGCCCGCACGAGUUCACGAGUUAUAAUAUAUACAAUGAAAAAUUGUCAAAUACUUGUGAUGAAAGAAUUUGACAAUUUCUCGUGAUUGGAUGGAUGAUGACAAAGACACGGCGAUGGCGAGGAUGAUAAUAAAGACGAUGAGGAUUACUAACUCUACCACCACGGCAAGUAAAAUCAACACCUCAAGCAGCUAGUAGAGCAUCAUGCACUAUUGAUACCAUUUAAAGAAAAACUGAUAACGUAAUUAAGGAGAGAUUUUAAGUUCUCUAGAAAGUCGUGGAAUUUUAUUUAUACUCUGUUGUUUACCGACCAUGUUAAAUGGUUGUUUAGACAGCAGGCCCCGUUUGGUUGAAGGGUAUAUAACGCUAUCCAUGGAAUAAAUCUCCCUUCGGUGAACAGUACAGUAUGUUUUUGUUGGCUCUUAUCUGCUGGAUAGCGAUGUAUCCGUUGGAUGGCCUUGCUGCCCUUUGAAAAACUAAGUCCUUAUCGUCAGAUGAACCUUAAUUAAAAGCAACAGCCAAUUCAUUGCACUAACUUGCACUCUUUGCAGCCAUUUCUUUGCACUGACUUCCAAACUUUGUGAAGUUUUGUCUAGUUGUGAUAGUGACACCUGUUAUACAGUCCCAGUUUUGGAUCGCAGGUUCCUCCAUCUUUUUGAAUACUUUAUUUUGUAGCUUUUUGUUGUAAUGGCACAUUGUAUCUUCAAUAGCAUUCAUGUAAUUAGAAAUGAUUUUAUAUUGUUCUAUUAAAUCUUUGUCGUAUGAAA